AACACACCAAAACCUCUCUCCCUCCUUUUAACUCACAGUCCACUCUCAGUUAAAACCCUCAAAGCAAAAACCCUCACUCAACAAUGGCAGUAAUCACCUCUUCUUCUUCUUCUCAACAACUCCAGGUCCAUCGUUUCCCUCAAAACAACUACAUUGAUUCCCUCGGUUUUCUCCCGCAACUCUCCUCUUUUCACCGUCACAUCCUCCUCGCCACUUUCAACUCCGACUCCUCUAACUCAUCACUCCAACUCCUUAAUUUAACACAAAAAACUUCAAAUUCAGACUCAAACUCACCAGAAAUUACACUUCAGUCCUCACUUACAACACCAUCAAGAAUCAGCUCAUUAAAAACCUCACAAAACCCCAAUAAACCCCUAAUUGCGGCAUCUACAUUUUCUGGGGAUUUGUUGGUUUAUAAAGCUGAUUUGGUUAAUGGGUCGUUGGAUUUUCUCAAUUCGGUAAAAGGGUUUCAUUCGGGUCGGGUUGCGGGUAUUGAUGUGAGUGAAAAUGGGUCAGAGUUUGUGAGUGUUGGGGAGGAUGGGAGGAUUAAUCUGGUGAGUUUUGUUAAUGGGGGGUUGAGUUCUAAGAGAGUUUUUGAUGGGAAUGGGCUGGUUUCAUACGGGGCAGUUAAAUGGGCUUCUCCUGUGGAGUUUGUGAGUGGUGGAUUGGGAUUUGGUCUUCAAUGGUGGGAUCAACGACGACCCGGUGGACCCGUUUCGCAGUUUAAAGGGAACUGGACUCAUGGAUCAACUUCUGGCAUUGUACAUUCAAUUGAUAUUCAUCCAUCAAGAAAGCAUACUUGUCUUGCAGGAGGUUCUUCUGGUACUGUGUUUGCAUGGGAUCUUCGCUGGCAACAGCAGCCUAUAAUACUUGCUGGCGUGGGAACCAGUGAUCUUUCUGCUCUUUCACCAUCGGAAAGUGAUGUUUGGGAGGUCCACUAUGACAACUAUACUACUUCAUCCAACUACCGCAACAUCUCAGAAUCACGUGUUCUUCCUGCCAUGAUUUGCUCAGAAGAUGGCAUUCUUGCCGUAAUUGAACAAGGUGAAGAACCCGUUGAGCUUCUUGCUGAACCUUGUGCCAUCAACAGCUUUGACAUUGAUCGACAAAACCCAUCAGACAUUGUUUGUAGUUUGGAGUGGGAAUCGAUAGCCAUCUUGACAAGGUCUUAACUGCUGCUUAUGAAGCUGAGAACUUUGAAAGACUACUGCCUGUGAAGCUGAGAACUUUAGCUAUAUGGCGACGAGUUAUCUUUGUUUUGUUAUAUGGUUAAGCACUUAUUGGAAACAGCCUCUCUACCUGCAUUAGGUAGGGGUAAGGUCUGCGUACAGACCACCCUCCCCAGACCCCACAUGUUGGGAUCAAACUGGGUUUGUUGUUGUUCUUGUUAAGCACUUCAGUGUUGGUCUUCUGUCAAUUAUGAGAAAGUGUUGCUGUAAAGGAAAAAUGCUGGCAAAUGGACCCAUAAGUCUUGAAUUAAGGAAAUGAAUCGUUUUCUUCUUCU